AUGAAACCUGUUUCUCAACAAACUCGCGACAGCAUCGCCUCGCUCGUCGACCAUGGCCUCUCGACGCGUCGAAUUGCGGCCCAGCUUGGCAUAAGCUAUACCACCGUAUCCCAGGUGCGUUCUCGAGUCAGACCCGACGCAUCAAAGAGCAAUGAUGGGCGUCCAUCCAAGCUUUCCGCCGCCGACAAGCGCAAAGACAUCGGGAUGGUGACAUCGGGUCAGGUUGACACAGCAGUGCAAGCGACGAGGCAGCUCAAAAGCAGCACCUCGGCAGAAUGCAGUGCCAAAACUAUUUAUUCCAAGUUGUAUUCUCUUCGUUUCGCGGCCUCACCCGACUCUUCACCUUUUCGGAGCCGAUGUCAGCAAGGGGACGGUAAACUUCCCGGUCGGUCGGCUCUGCUCCCGGUCUCGGCGAAGCCGUCGACGGUCCGACCGACAAAGUUCCGCGAGAACUCGGUCGUUCCCAGCAUGCUCGAGAGUGGCCCCACUUAUGCGAAGCCACAACUGCAGUCAGUCGUUCCGCCGAAGUUACUGAGUUUCCUCGUCGUGUUGUGCCCGCUCGAGACCGCACUGGCGUUGGACAUCAGACAGACGAUCUUCACCGUCAUCGACGGCGUGAACGCCACGAUCGCGAAUCCCCUCGCGAGCAUCACCGGCUGGAACGCCGUCGCCUGCGCGGAUGCCUGCCUCAGGAACGCGAACUGCCGGGUGUUUUCUCUCGAGACUCGGCCCAGCACCACGGUCUGCCAGCUGGGAAGCAAUGUUUCCGCCGUCUCGACAAAUCCCGCCGGCAUGUCUGCUUCCCUCUUUGUUGACCAGAACCUCAUCCCACCCGAUUACGCCUUCGCGAUGAUCACGACAAAGAUCCAUUUUCUCAAGAAUUUGGCCGCAAGUAUGAAUUUUCCAACCGGGGUGGCCGCUUGCCAGCCCGACAAGGCCAACCUCGUCCAGGACGACAAAGGAGUCGCAUGGCACAACUUCCUCCUGCAAUACGCUACGUCGAAAAUCGGACCGACGAGCAACUUCUGGGUGGGGGGCAACGACCUCGACGGCAACCACGUCUAUUACUGGAACGACGGGACCCCCGUGUCGGGUCAGACCUUCUGGUAUCCCGGGCAGCCGUCCUUCAAUUUCAACGGGAUCCCGGAGCAAUGCAUGGAGCUUCGUUGGACUCUCCCUUGGGCGACCAGCACGUUCAUCGACCAGUGGAACGACGCCAGAUGCUCGGAUGUGAAGGCCGUGUUCUGCGAAUUCCGCUUGCCCUGA